UCCAGGUCGUCAGUCCCGCAGGAGCAGCAGCAGGAAGUCUUUUGCAGGAAGGGACACGCCCCUGGGCUGAUUUGGAAAGCGAAAGCAGCUCCUCUCUUGCGAUGGCGGCGGAGGGUCCCCUGAAGGAGCUGUGCGAGGAAGCCACUUGCUCCAUCUGCCUGGAUUAUUUCAGGGAUCCGGUGAUCCUCACGGAAUGUGGCCACCAUUUCUGCCGAGCCUGCCUGACUCGCAGCUGGGGGGCCUCAGAGGGGGCAGAGGCUUCGUGCCCCCAAUGCAGAGGACCCGCGCAGGAGGGGACCCUCCGGCCCAAUCAGCACCUGGCCAACUUGGUGGAACUAAUCCAGAAACUCCGUCCUGUGGAAGGGAAGGGGGGAGUCUGCGAGAAGCACCAGGAGCCCCUGAGGUUUUUCUGCAAGGAGGACCAAGCCCCCGUUUGCCUGGUCUGUGGGAUAUCCAAGGAGCACAAAGAUCACGAGGUGAUUCCUCUGGAGGAGGCUUUCCAGGAAAAUCGAGCAGUCGUGGCUGCUAGAAAAGGGAGAGUUUGCCAGAAGCACCAGGAACCACUAAAGCUCUUUUGCAAGGAUGACGAAGCCCUCAUCUGUGUGGUCUGUGACCGAUCCAAGGAGCACAGAGAUCAUGAAACUCUUCCUCUUGAGGAGGCCUCCCAAGAGUACAAGGAUAGGUUCUGCAGCUUUCUGGAGAGGGUGAAGAAGGAGAGAGAAAGAAUCGUGGCAUGUAAAGCAGACAUAGAGGAGGAAAGCCAAGAUCUGUUCAAACAAGUGACAGGACAGAAGCAAGAGACGGUCACCAAGUUCAGAGAACUGCACUCAUUUCUGGAGGAACAAGAGAAACGUUUCCUGGCUCAGAUGGAAGAGUUGGAGAAGGAGGUGGCAAGAAAAAGGGACCAGGACUUGGCUGAGCUCUCUGAGGCCCUCUCCUCUCUGGACAGCCUCACGCAGGAGAUGGAGGAGAAGAGGCAGCAGCCGGCCAGUGAACUCCUGCAGGAUGCCGGAAACAUCUUGCAGAGGUAUGAAGAAAUGGAAGAAUUCAAGAAUCCAGUGCCUUUUCCAUUUGCACUGAAGUGGCAGAUCUGGGAUCUCUCAAAUCUAAAUCCACUUUUGGAGGGUAUCAUGAAGCAAUUCAAAGACUCUCUGGAUUCUGGACUUCACCCACAGAAAGCAAAGGUGACUCUUGAUCCAGGCACGGCCCAUCCCAAGCUCAUCCUGACUAAGAAUCGGAAAAGUGUGAGAGAUGGAGGAAAAGCUAAAGCUCUGCCCAACAACCCUGAGAGAUUUGAUUUUCAUGGUGCUGUCCUUGGCCGUGAGGGGUUCACAGGAGGCCGCCAUUUCUGGGAAGUCCUUGUGGGAAGUGAGGAAGGAUGGGCUGUGGGGGUGGCCAGAAAGUCUGUGAGGAGGAAGGAAGACAUUACCUUUAGUCCUGAAGAAGGGAUCUGGGUUGUGGCGAAGUGGGGAGGGGGCUAUAGGGCUACCACAGAAGAUGAUGACCUUCCCCUGACCCUGAGUGGGGAGCCCAAGAAGAUCCGAAUCAGUCUGAACUAUGAAGGGGGUCAAGUGACCUUUUUCGACGCUGAUCGAAGAGCCUUCAUCUUUAAGUUCUCUGGAGCCUCCUUCUCUGGAGAGACCCUCCUGCCCUUCUUUUGGGUGAAUGAAAAAGGCCACCUCAAACUCUCUUCUUGAGACCUUCUCUUCAUGCCAGGAGCAUCAAAAAGAAUAUUGUCUCUCAGAGGCUCCCCCUUUUAGUCCUGUCAAGGCCUCUCCAGGGUCUUACCCACCAAAACUGACUGGAGUAAAAUGGAGACAUUUUCCCCAACAUUCCCCCUUUUUUCUUUGUAUCUAAUCUGAAAAUUACAAUAACACGUUUAUAAAGAAUAACAGGCUGGUUGAGGAGGAGAGCUGUGAAUAGACUCCCCCUCAGCCUCCUCCAGCCCCCAUUCCUCUCAGGCACGUGAGAAACAACUACAAAGUUCCCGAAGCGGAAAACGAGGCCCUGAAAGUACAAGCUGAUAUUCUGGACUUUCUCUUUUGUUUGGUUUACGGGGCACCACCUGUUAGGAUUUGCUCUGUUCUGCAUCAUCUUUCUGAAGGGCACUGAAGAUCCUUUUCCUGUCAAAGUUGCUACAAUCAGCACAGUUGUGUUUCAGACACCAGUAGCUGAAAAGAUGUUCCGCUUAUCAUGUUUUUAGAGUUUGUCAAUUGUUUUAACUUAAUUUUUGCUGUGUGAAAUGUUGCUCUGGCCUGUUGUGUGUAAUGUUGUCCUUGGCCGGUUGUACACCGCCCAUAGCUCUUCGGGGGUGGGCGGUUUAAAAUCUAAUAUAUAAAUAAAUAAAAUUAA